AUGGCUCGAAAUGUAGCUGAAACCGCGAGAAAAUUUUUGCUACUUGGACAAUGUGUACCUACGGUAAAACAAAAUGCGACAAAAAUUCGUGUGAAGAGGUUAGAAUUAGAUGAAAAUUUAUUGAUGUAUUUUAGAAAAGAUGAAUUUUACUAUUGCCACGAUCCUGUUAAGAAAUGUAAAACUGGAGAUAUAGUACUUAUACAAGCCCUUCCUCACAAAAUGACAAAAUUAAUUACCCACGAAAUUAAGGAGGUUGUAUAUCCGUUUGGCGACAUAACUGAUCCAGUAACUGGCAAAAAAGUUGCAAAAUCUCAAUAUAGAGAGGAUAUGGAAAAACAAGCAGAAAUCUAUGGAAAGUUGGAUUCUGGCUUUGAUUAUGACAAGGCCCCUCAGAGGGGUUGGCAAGAUGGCAAAAAAGAUUUUACGUCGAAACCUACAUACACAAAAUUUCAUGUGUUUGAUGAAGAGGACCCUUAUGCAGUUUGA